CGUCCAUGCCAUCAACGAUGCAGCGGCAGCAACAGCAACAGCAGCAUCUGCCAUCACCACGUAGGAGCAAACACUCGCGCCAAACCAGUCAUUUACCAGGAGCAGCGCCAUAUCUUCGCAUUCUUUUUCCUCGACACAUUCAGUUGCGAGAGCCGGUGCCACAGCUCCUAAAUCAGCCCCACCCAGACCUUGACGCUGAGGCCUAUCACUUCUUGGCCUUACUCGUCCGCGACUUUAUCCAGACCUGGUACUCAAGCUUUUCCUCGGACCCACAGUUUGUCACGUCAAUUGUCAACGUGAUUAUCGAUGCCGCACGCAAACUGGAACAUAGAUGUCAGGAGGUUGAUUGGGUCGAGCUACUGCUGCAGGAAGUCCCGGAAGUGCUAAAGAGGCAUUACAUCGAUUACCGCCAGGCUGUUCAAAAGCUGGAGACCGCCUACGCGCCCAACCAAACCAUCGAGACCAUUUUUCACGGAUUGCAACCUCAUUUUGCGCUCCAGGAUGGCGAAGAAUCCGAAAAGGAAUACUUACGGCAGCUUGCAGACGAACUUUUGCGGGUAUUACUCCCUGCUGCAGAGUAUCAAUCGGAUUGCGUGCGAUGGCUCGUUCGUGAGAUCUUGAGUUGUCUCGUCCUUCGGAGCCUAGUGGAGAUCCUGACGGAGCCGGACAUGAUUAAUUACAUUGUCAAUACUCUGCUAGUAGAUUUUGAGCCGACGGACGAAAAAUACGAAGAGUUUUUGAGAAAAGCAGCGGACAAAAUGGAUACUUCUGACGACAACUUUACGGCGUUCCUUGCCAGUCUGGAGACAUAUAAGGGAGGCUCUAGGAUCGUAACACAUCGAUCAUCUACACCCAACAUUCAAACAACAGAUGAAAUCGUCACCAUGCUGCAGGACGCCCAGUCGUCAAUUCUGGGAACGCCUUCACAAAAAAAACAAGCACAAUCUUCAUUAGCGAGACCCGAGAGGAACGACGAAUUACUUACCCAGCGUAUAUCGGGAACAACAGAUUACAGCAGCCGAACAUCAUCGCCUAUUAAUACCAAUCCGUUGAACUGGAAUGAAACUGCUCCAACGCAAUACGUUCCUUCGAUGGAACCACCUCUUCAAAUUCCUAUCAAGAGUAAAAGGGAAAUCCAUUUUGGGCACAGUCGCACUCAGGAUGAUGCGUCCAGUUCAAGGACGAUGGUAUCCACAAAUAUAUCCGCUACAUCCUCUCGAUUGCAGCGGCCCCAUAGCAGCCCAAGGACUACAUCCAAAAUACGCUCCAGCACGAUCUGGGCUGUCACCGAGGCGCCGAAGAUAUAUACAACAUACGUGAUCAACUCCGUUCUCAUCCCCUUUGGCGCCAUGCUCGUGGUAUUUCUGAACUUUAUGAUGUCGCUGCCAGACAAAAUCAGCCAAGUCUCGCAGGCAAUGGUCUGGAUCUAUGCAGAACUGGAGGCGCCUGAGCACACGGAACUCGAGAUGGGGAUUUUCAACUUAUUGAACGAGAUUCUGUAUCUAGAAGAGCGGAACCCGGUCAUAUGGAGACAGUGGCAGAUCAUGGGCUGGCCACUCGUUCGAACUCUGGGAGGAGGAGCCAUCGAUCGGCUGUUGGCACAUGGUGUCUACUGGAUAUUCGCUGAACCGCGCCUAGUCAUAUACAUACAAGCAGGUCGACGCGCGCUAUGGCCCGACCCAAACUCGUCUCUUCCACGGCCACGGGGUGUAGACGAGAUGAAGAAAGCGCGCAAGGAAGCCGAGCGACGGAUUUUGAGAACUAUCCCUGCACCUCUUCGCGACACAUUCUUUGGCGACGAUGGCGUUCAUCAUCUCGUGGCAGCGCGGGAGGCCUUGGAGCCGUUCCAAAACAAGAUGUGUAACAAGCAUCUAAUUUACAUUGCGCUCGACCUUUUUCUCUCCAAGGUCGUGCCUGAAAUAUACCCUGAACGGCCGUAGCCAACACAAAGCUCUUAAGUAAAACACACGUUUCACUUUGAUGAGCUUAGUUAGAUUAAGGUUUUUGUAACUGCAGAUGACCGACAGUUCUUCACCCUGCCGGUGAAGAAAGUAAACCACCAAAGCCAAGUAAAUUAAAAAGCUGAAGACGCUACAGAGCUGCACGCAUCGGGA